AUGCUAGAAUUCCUAUAUACAGGAGACUACACUACUCCAUGCUCUACGCAGACACCGGAAAUCACACAGGCCAAGGGCGGAGACGUACCCGAGAUAAAUAGCAAGCCUACGGAAGAGCUACCUAGGAAAUACCGACCAGAAAGUGAUAUCACUAAUGAAUUUGAUAUGCAUCUACACGAGCAUUUAACUGAAUCGGCCACAAGAGCCCUGGACGAUACACCCGAAACCCUUAUGCCUAGGCCAGAGACGAAUGACAACCCAGCUCUAAUCGACGAAUCCCCCCAAAUUACAACUAAGGACGGAGAUGAAAGCGUCGUUACAGAGCCACUCGUUAAUUCCAUACUCGACUGUCAUCCGUCUUACUUCCAUUUACGCAUGUAUGGAGAAGCCGACUACUUCAUGAUCGACGACCUGAAAAGGAAAGCAGAAGCACAUUUCUAUGCUUCAUUCAUGAGUUCCCCCAAAGCAGAGUCUUUUACAGAGACCAUUGAGGAAUUGUAUUCGACACGAGCCAAUUAUCUCGAGUUGAGACAAGCAGCGAUCGAAACGAUAAUCGCUAAUCUGCCUAGUCUCCGAAGUGGACCUAUGCCAGUCAUCACUUCAGAACUAAUGAAGUCGGUUCCUGAUUUUACAUAUGAUUUGCUUCAAGCUACUCUGGAUGAGUAUGUAUGA